AUGACGACCGACGCCAUGGAAGACGACGGUCGCCGCCGACAACUCUCUAAAUGCCUAGACCUGCUCUCACCCGGCCGAAAGGACGAAGAAAAGUUCGUCGGCUUGUUGAUGAUACCCAAACUGGUCAACCCGGAGACGGACAAAGAUGCGUUUCGAAUGUGCUUCGAGCACAUGGACUGGAACUUUGUUGACAGGCUGUUGACGUCUGAGGGGACGGAAGAGAUGCCUGGGGAUACGUUGAAAGGCCUGGCGCUGAACAUUAUCCAAGUGUUUGGUUCGGAGGCGGACUUCAGGAACCGGCCAGAACUCACGUCUAGGAUACCGUCCCUGGCGAAGCUGCUGGACAGCCGCGAUAUGUCGGAGUUCAAGCGUCCCGUCAUGGAAUGUCUGUAUUUCUUCGCAGACUCAGAGGAAGGAGCGACACAGCUGCAAGAUCUAGAUACUUUGAGACGGAUCUAUUCCGCGAUGUCUGAUGGACCAGAGGAUGCAUCGGUGGUGGCAUUUCAUCUUUUCGAGCAACUAUACCGCACCGUGCAUUCGCGAGGGGAGUUCUUUAACGAUGCAAACACCGCAUUCAGGGAGGGGUUCCUGGACAUGAUUGCAACAACUUUCGCGACGGUCGACACCCAUCUCAAGUUCGAGUGCGGGCGCUUGCUGAUGGAAAUCUUUGCGGACCAUGAUCUGAAACCAAUGAACGGGCCCGUGUCUAACUGGGCGUUGGAAUUGCGGAAGGGAAUCAUGACCAUCUUAACGAGCAAGAUAGGCUCCCAGCAACGGGACAUGGCGCUCAUGCUCAGUUCGGCAUUGUGCCGACAGUACGGUGCCCGCUGGAUUCUACAGGGACCAGGAAACAGCAAAGGAAAGGCGAGAGAAGGAUCUGCGGUCGAUUUGUCCCCGGCGCAGACCGCAACUAUCCUCAUCCACCUUGCGGGGGGUGAACUGCGGUUACUGCUAGACGAUGCACCAACGUCGGAGAUCCCCGAUCCUGCGUCGAGGGCAUGUCAGAUUGUUCCGAUCUGUGCGGAGAUUGUGGAAACGCUGAUUCGCGGCCUGAUUGGGGAAAGUGAGGAAGCGAGCGUCAGUUUACCGCUUGAGACGGUGGAGUCGAUCAGACAGUCGUUGCAUGAGACGAUGGAGUCUGUCAGGGCUUACUUGAUUGAUGUGCAGAUACAUUGCGAUUACGUUAAAAACGUGCAUAGCCUGGACACACUCGUCACCGCGUCCUGCCUGCGACUGCUAGCCACAUGGCUCGCCGAAGACGAUACCAUGUCGACCAAGGAGAUUCGGCAGGUCGUGCCUGUCCUCGUAUCCGCGGGACGGAUCCGACUCGAAUGCCUGAAUCUCCACCCCAUCCAAUUCCUGGGCCCCGCCCUACUAAACAUCACAGCCGAUCCCGCCAUCCGCGACGCCUUCAUCUCCUCCGGCGGCUGCCGCAUGCUCAUCGACGUAUGGUCGUCUCAAUCGGGCCCAUCACCAUUCUCCUUAUCGAUAGUCGGCACGCUACUCAACGUUGUGGCGACGAAAGAUGAGGUGGUGAAGAGUGAUGAUCAGAUUGUGCGGAGCUUGGAUUUGUUUGGGAGGGAUGUGGAGGGGUUGGACCCGGCUGCGAAGACAACGACGGAUGAGGAUUUGCAGUUGGUGGCGCAUUAUGUCGCGUAUGCGUUGAUUGUUUGUAGGAGUUUGUCUCCGAAUCAGUUGAAGGGCGCUCAGCAUCUUGCGAAGGGGAUAAUCGACGUCUCCGCCAAAUUCCUGCUGCGGGGUCUCGAGCUGGAGGGCGGGAAGAGCAAAGCAGGGUGGGAGGAGUUGAAGGAGCUUUGGCUGAUUUCGUGCUCAGCGUUCACGGCAUGUACGAGACCAAUACCCAAAGAUCACGAGAUCCGUCGGCUUGAGAGCGUGCAGGCUUUGCAAAAGCUAAGUCAAAAGUCAGGCAUAUUGGACCCCGAAGCAAGAGAGGCACUAGGGCACUGGCACGAGUUGUUCCUUGCAAAGUAG